GUUUCGUUAACGCUGAAACGCCGAACAUUUUGUCCCGUGGACCUCCAUCUGGAGGUAAAUAAGGCAGGUUUUAAUCAUUAACACGGUAACAUCAGCUGUCGUUUGAGAUUUCCCAUCUUCUACAGGAACGGAAAGAUCGAUAUCAUCCUGUGUCGGUGAUUGGACAACUAAUUGGGCAGCAACAGAUGACGUUUCAUUAGAAAACAACAAGAACAGAGGUAAACGAGUAGAGUCUCGUCCUGAGACUUUAGGGUCCAGGUGUGGAGGAGAGAGACAUUUUCUUCGACUCUUCUUCAAACGCUGUUUGAGUCCAUAUGGAGGUACAGAGUGUGUGAGUUGGUGUUAAUUCAUCAGCAUGGACCAGCGUGAGGACAGAGAGGAGGGAGUCUCUCCCUCUCAAACCAUACAUCUGUGUGGGGACCAUAAGAACCAGACCAAAGCUCAGAGCCCAGAGCAACAACUCACCAGAGCAGCCUCUGAUGAAUCUGAACCUGAACCUGAGUCCAGCUGUGUGUCUAUGAAGAGUGACCAUUCAAAGCACGCUGAAAUUACUUUUGGACUACACGAGUCUGCUGGAAAAAACCCAGAACAACAACUCACAAGAGCAGCUUCUGAUGAAUCUGAACCUGAACCUGAGUCCAGCUGUGUGUCUAUGAAGAGUGACCAUUCAAAGCACGCUGAAAUUACUUUUGGAGUACAACAGUCUGCUGGAAAAAACCCAGAGCAACAACUCACCAGAGCAGCCUCUGAUGAAUCUGAACCUGAGCCCAGCUGUGUCUCCCUGAAGAGUGAUUGGUCAAAGGAAGCCGGAUUAAAUUUUCAAAAAAAAAACCCUGCUGGAAAACAAAUCCAUCAGAAACCACGGUCACCUGAACCUGAGUCCAGCUGUGUCUCCCUGAAGAGUGAUUGGUCAAAGGAAGACGGAUUAACUUUUCAACAAAAACCCCCCACUGGAAAACAAAUUCAUCAGAAACCACGUUCACCUGAACCUGAGCCCAGCUGUGUCUCCCUGAAGAGUGAUUGGUCAAAGGAAGCCGGAUUAACUUUUGGACAACAAAAACCCCCCACUGGAAAACAAAUCCAUCAGAAACCACAUUCACCUGAACCUGAGCCCAGCUGUGUCUCCCUGAAGAGUGAUUGGUCAAAGGAAGCCGGAUUAACUUUUGGACAACAAACCCCUGCUGGAAAACGAAUCCGCCAGAAACGACAUUCACAUGAACCUAAGCCCAGCUGCAUGUCUCUGAAGAGUGACCAUUCAAAGGAAAAAGAAUUUACUUUUAAACGUCGACGCUCUGCUGGAAAUAGAAACUAUCAGAAACCACGCUCACGUGAACCUGAGCGCACCUGUGCAUCUCUGAAAAGUGACCAUUCAAAGGAAGCUGAAUUUACUUUUAGACAACAACAGUCUACUGGAAAUAAAAUACGCCAGAAGCCAUGGUCACGGGAACCUGACCCUGAACUCAGCUCUGCGUCUUUGACGAGCCAUCGGUCAAAGAAGAACAUUGUUGACUUUAAAACACAUCAGCCCUCAGCUACAAAGAAAGUCUACCAGAAGAGUUCAGAGCUUCCCAGUGGUCAGUCUGUCCAGCAGCAUCAAACACCACUGGACUCCAUAUUUACGCUGCUGGAGGACAACAUCGUCACUUUUGUGAAGAACGAGCUGAAGAAGUUCCACAAGGUUCUGAGUCCAGGUUACCCAAAAUGCUUAGAGGGUCAGAUGGAGGAUGAUGAGGUGUUGGAGGGUGAGGAUGAAGAGCAGAGGAAGAUCAACAGAGAAGCAUUUCAGAACAUCACAAUGAACUUCCUGAGGAGAAUGAAGCAAGAGGGGCUGGCUGACUGUUUGCAGAACAAUCUUACUGCUGCAGCUUGUCAACGUGAACUUAAAUCUACUCUGAAGGAGAAGUUCCAGUGUGUGUUUGAGGGGAUUGCUAAAGCAGGAAACCCAACUCUACUGAAAGAGAUCUAUACAGAGCUCUACAUCACAGAGGGAGGAACUGCAGAGGUCAAUGAUGAACAUGAGGUCAAAUGGAUUGAAACGGCAUCCAGGGAACGAGACGACAUACCAGAAACAACCAUCAGGCAGGAAGACAUCUUUGAAGGCCCACCUGGAAGAGAUAAACCAAUCAGAACAGUGAUGACUAUGGGAGUGGCUGGCAUUGGGAAAACAGUCUUAACACAGAAGUUCACUCUGGACUGGGCUGAAGGCAAAACCAACCAGAACAUCCACUUCACAUUUCCAUUCACUUUCAGAGAGCUGAAUGUAGUGAAAGAGAAGAAGUUCAGUUUGGUGGAACUUGUUCAUUACUUCUUUACUGAAACCAAAGAAGCAGGAAUCUGCAGCUUUGAAGAGUUCCAGGUUGUGUUCAUCUUUGAUGGUCUGGAUGAGUGUCGACUUCCUCUGGACUUCCACAACACUGAGAUCCUGACUGAUGUCACAAAGUCCACCUCAGUGGAUGUGCUGCUGACAAACCUCAUCAGGGGGAAACUUCUUCCCUCUGCUCGCCUCUGGAUAACCACACGACCUGCAGCAGCCAAUCAGAUCCCUCCUGAGCGUGUUGACAUGAUGACAGAGGUCAGAGGGUUCAAUGACCCCCAGAAGGAGGAGUACUUCAGGAAGAGAUUCAGAGAUGAGGAGCAGGCCAGCAGCAUCAUCUCCCACAUCAAGACAUCACGAAGCCUCCACAUCAUGUGUCACAUCCCAGUCUUCUGCUGGAUCUCUGCUACAGUUCUGGAGGAUGUGUUGGAAACCAGAGAGAGAGGAGAUCUCCCCAAGACCCUGACUGAGAUGUACAUCCACUUCCUGGUGGUUCAGACCAAAGUCAAGAAUGUCAAGUAUGAUGGAGGAUCUGGGAUAGAUCACCACUGGAGUGCAAAGACCAGGAAGAUGAUUGAGUCUCUGGGAAAACUGGCUUUUGAUCAACUGCUGAAAGGAAACCUGAUCUUCUAUGAAUCAGACCUGACAGACUAUGACAUCAAUAUCAGAGCAGCCUCAGUGUCCUCAGGAGUGUUGACACAGAUCUUUAAAGAGGAGAGAGGAUUGUACCAGAUCAAGGUGUUCUGCUUCAUCCAUUUGAGUGUUCAGGAGUUUCUGGCUGCAGUUUACUUGAUCCACUGUUACACCAACGGAAAAAUACAGGUGCUGAAGGACUUCCUGGGACAAAACUACAAUAACUCAUCUCUGGAUGUCUUUCUGAAAAGAGUCAUGGAGAAAUCUGUGGAGAGUAGCAAUGGUCACCUAGAUCUGUUGGUUCGCUUCCUUCAUGGUCUCUCUCUGCAGUCCAACCAGAGACACUUAAGAGGACUACUGGGUCAGAGAGAGACCAGUCCAGAAGUGACCCAGAGGGCCAUUGACAACCUGAAGACAAUGGAAAUGUACAAAAUUUCUCCGGACAGAAGCAUCAACAUCUUCCACUGUCUGAUUGAGAUGAAUGACCUCUCAGUUCAUCAGGACAUCCAAGAGUUCCUCAAAUCAGACAACAGAUCAGAGAAGAAACUCUCUGAAAUCCACUGCUCAGCUCUGGCCUACGUGCUGCAGAUGUCACAGGUUCUGGAGGUGCUGGAUGUGAAGACAUACAACACAACAUUGGAGGGACGACGGAGAUUGAUUCCAGCUGUGUGGAACUGCAGAAAGGCUGUACUUUGUGGCUGUGGACUGACAAAGAGACUCUCUGAAGUCAUUGUCUCAGCUCUGAAGUCCAACCCCUCCUAUCUGAGACACCUGGACCUGAGCUUUAACAACCAGCUGCAGGAUUCAGGAGUGAAUCAUCUGUGUGGUUUUCUGAAGAGUCCACACUGUAGACUGGAGACUCUGGGAUUCAGUUGCUGUAGUUUGACAAAGUCCAGCUGUGAUUCUCUGGGAUCUGCACUAAAGUACAACCCCACUCAUCUGAGACAUCUGGACCUGAGCAACAACCAGCUGCAGGAUUUAGGAGUGAAGCAUCUGUGUGGUUUUCUGGAGAGUCCACAGUGCAGACUGCAGAAUCUGGGAUUGUCUCGAUGUGGUUUGUCAGAGAUCAGCUGUAAGUCUUUGGUCUCAGCUCUGGAGUCCAACCCCUCCCAUCUCAGAGAGCUGGACCUGAGUGGAAACAAGCUGAUUCAAGAUUCAGGAGUGAAGCAUCUGUGUGACUUUCUGCAGAAUCCACUCUGUAGAUUGAAGUCACUGGGACUGAGGGGCUGCAGUUUGUCAGCGAUCAGCUGUGGUUUUCUGGUCUCGGCUCUGGAGUCCAACAAAUGUCUCGAAGAGCUGGACCUGAAUGAGAACAAGCUGCAGGAUUCAGCAUUGAAUCCUCUAAGAAGCUAUGUGGUCCUCAAGUCCACGCUGUAGACUGGAGACUCUGAGGUCAGUAGAAGGUUGGAGUGAGUCCACGGUGCUUUAAGCAGACCUUUUCUGUCAUUUGGAUGUCAAUACUUGAAAAUGAAUGUGGUGGGUCUCCAUUAUAAACUCAUAUUCUCUAUGUAACUUUUACAUGAAUAUGUUUUACAAACUCAUUUCAAUACUACAUAAGUGAUCCGUUUGUUCCAUUUUCAUUUUUGUCACAUGUCUGAUUGAAGCCUGAAAAUCACAGGCUCUGAUUUUAACAAUAAAUAUCUGUCCUUCUGUCAUUAGGUUCAUUCAUGUGUAUUCAAUUACAGCCUCAAUGUUUCUUUGUCAGACAUACAGAUUCUUUCUUUAAACGAGUCAAUGUUUUAUUUCUGUUGCGGCAUUGAAUGAAACCUGCAGAGGCAACAGAGUUGAUGCUAAAAGUCUCUACAGGUCUGUGAGCCUCAAGGCCAAUGUGGUCACUGCAACAUGUUUACAUGAGAGCUGAAACUGCCAGCACUAAACAGCUUCUCUACUGUUUAUACUUCUUUGUAUACGUCUUUAAGUUGAGGGAGGAAUGGCUUUUCAAUUCAUUCCUCUGAAUGUCCUGUAUAUAAAUAGAACUGACAAUAAAAGUAUUUCAAUCUUGAAUCUUUAAAUCUUCUCUCCUCCUUAAAACUGGAUGUCCUGAAUCACUGAGACCCUCUUCAGACUGUCAGGAGAAGGCAGAAAAGGUAUUGCAUUCAAAUCUAAUGACGGUCCGAGACUGCAUCUCUAGGAUGUGAUCAGAAUGAUCACAAUGAACUGAUGAUAGCGCUGCCAAAAAAAAACAGAAGAACCUGGACCAGACGGUCCAAGAGGAAAAUUUAAGCUGAGAACGAGGAAAAUGCCAGAAAGAAAUCCUGACAAACAACUGCACAAAGAAAGAACACUAAAAGCAUCCAAAUACAAAAGUAAAGAACGGUAAAAGCACCUCUGGUGGUUUGCGUGUAAACCUUUUGAAUAAAAGUCCUAGAAAGCA